UCCCCCUCCCCGCGGCGGCGGGACAACAAUGGCCGCGUGGGCCCUGUGCGUGUGCGUGCGUGAACGUUUUCCAUUGUUAAAAUAAGUUUCGUUUGGUUGUUUUUUUUUCUUCUUCUUUUUUUCGUCGUCGUCUCCUCUCCGCAAGCUCAGAGAUUUCUCAGCUGCAGUAUUCGGAGUUUUCUGUGCCUCGAUUUGAGUCGUGCUAUUUUGCUCCCAUCAACUUGCGUCAAAUUUUGGUCAGCUCCUUUAAGAAAGAAAAUCGAAACGAAUCAGAGAAGACAUUGACUCGGGCAAAUCUACUCAUCAGAAAACGUUGAUUGAUGUCCGACUGGCCUCAUACAUAAAUGCAGAAACCUUUAAAACCGAAGGUAUGGACAUAAAACAUGAAGGCGACGAACAUCUCCAACCAUCCGACCCGAUGGUUGGCUCACCUCACCGCCCUGGUAACCUAGUUCCUGACCAUCAGCCGUCCACCCACGCACAAUCCAAACAUUUACGCCACCCUGACAUCUACGUGGCGGUACCUUCCGACGCCGCUGAGCGCCGAGCGGUACCCCCCGUGAUCUGCUACCCGGUCGACACACUCCCCCGCCCGAACAUCACCGCCUACCGCUCCGCCCGCGAGUCAUGGACACUCACCCACCGCCUAACAGUCCCACCGCGCGACGCCGCCUGUUUCACGAUCCCGAAGGGCCACUUCUUCCGUAUCCGCUGCGUAGGCGGACCCCAGGUCGGCGAUCUAAACCUCUUCAACGCUUACAACCUAGAGGAGCAUUUCUACUCCGGCAAAACGCGCGCGCUGAACCGCACCCACGUCAGCAUCGGCGACCACCUUUACUCCAACCUCCCGUGGCUCCGUCCACUCGCGACCAUCACCGACGACACCCUCGCCUGGUACGGCAUCGACGCCUACGGCGGCGGCGUCCAUGACGUCAUCGGCACGCGCUGCGACCCCUACACCCACCGCCUACUCAGCGGCGGGACCUACCACCGCUGCUGCCACUCCAACCUUACCCGCGCCUUGUCCGCCCACGCUGGGAUUCCACUCGCGGAGGCGGAGCGUCACGUUCAUGACGUCUUGAACGUCUUCAUGUGCACGGGGUUCACGCGGGCCACCGGGCAGUAUUUCAUGAAGGCAUCCCCGGUGAGGCCUGGAGAUUACCUGGAGAUGUUCGCGGAGAUCGACCUCCUCGGGUGCCUGUCAACCUGCCCUGGAGGCGACUGCUCGGAGGUUCAUUCUUCCGACCGGGCAAGGUGUUACCCGCUUGAGGUGGAGGUGUAUAGACCUGCUGAGCCGCCGGAAGGAUGGAGCCCGCCUGAGGCCAGUGGCUACGAUAGGAGCCAUGGGACGACUUGAGUGCACUCGUCUAAAGUGCAUGUAGUCUGCUGUGCUGAGUAAAAAUGCCGUAUGAGCAUUCAAAUGUUGCCACAUUGCCUCUCAGAGAAUAAUAAUUUUUUUUUU